AUGGGCUUCACCACCGGUUUCACAGGCGGCGUGACCUUGACGCUCGGCGUGGCCUAUCUCACCGUGCUGACGCACCAGCGCAACCGCCAGGUGCAGUGCGACGCCCUGCGCGUCAACACGGGCGUGCUGCGGGCGCUGGCCCGGUCAGACCCGGUCUCGGCUGCACGACUGGCCGCGGCACCAGCGGCUGUGCCGGAUCUCUCGACGCCGCUGCCAUCGCUUUCGUAUCCGACCGAGCCGGAGCAGUCACGGCUGCGGCCGCGCUCCAGCUUCGUCGACGAGCUCAAGGACCGCUGGAACGCCGAGGUGGCCGGUGCCGUCCGCUGGGUCCAGACGACCGACUGGGUCGAGGUGCGCGAGGACGCCGAGACCGCUGCCAGCAAUAUCUGGUCGCGCGUCGCCGGCAGCAGCAAUGCCCAUGCCGCCCGCGACAAGGUCGCCGAGGUCGCUGACGCCGUCAAGACUGAGGCCAAGACCGUUCAGGCCGGCGUCGCUGGCGCUGUCACUGCUGCUACCCGUGCCGUCGAACGCGGUGCCAGCAAGACCAAGGAGGCCCUCGCUGUCGACACGUCCAAACUUGUCAACACCGCCCAAACGGCCGGCAAGACGUCCGACGUCGAAGUCGCUCUCCAGCAACGAUACGAAAAACCCGACAGCACCGUCAUGAAAAAGAGCGUCAACGACUUGCUCGAGGAGCGCUACAAGCAAAAAAACUAG